AUAACAUCAAUGGAUUUGUUUAAUUAAAGCAAAAAAAGAACACAACCCAAUUUUAGCAAUGGCAACAUCUUCUCUUACCUUGCUCCUCUCAUUCUUUUUCUACUCUACUCUCCUUUCCUUUGCAGCCUAUAAGGCAGAAGCUAGAAAGUUCCCCAUUUCUUCUCUAAUCACUAAAGAUCUCUUUGAUUCCAUAUUUCUACACAAGGACGAUACCGCAUGCCCUGCAAAAGAUUUUUACACUUAUGAUUCAUUUAUUCAGGCGACAAGAUGUUUCCCAAGAUUUGGCAAUACAGGAAGUUUGGCAACAAGAAAGAGAGAGAUUGCUGCUUUUCUUGCUCAAAUAUCCCAUGAGACAACUGGUGGGUGGGCUACUGCACCUGAUGGACCAUUUGCAUGGGGUCUGUGCUUCAAGGAAGAAGUGAGUCCUCAAAGUGAUUAUUGUGACUCAACCAAUACUCAAUGGCCUUGUUUCCCUGGAAAAUCUUACAAAGGAAGAGGACCCAUUCAACUAUCAUGGAAUUUCAACUACGGACCAGCUGGCAAGGCCUUAGGGUUUGAUGGAUUGAAGAACCCAGAAAUAGUAUCAAACAACUCCUUAAUUGCGUUCAAAACAGGUCUUUGGUUUUGGAUGACGGAGCAGAAGCCUAAGCCCUCUUGCCACAGAGUGAUGGUAGGAAAAUAUGUCCCUACAAAAGCAGACUUGGCGGCUAACAGGACAGCAGGAUAUGGAUUGGUGACCAACAUAAUCAAUGGUGGCCUCGAGUGUGGAAUUCCUAACGACAGUAGGGUUAAUGAUCGUAUUGGAUAUUUUCAGAGAUAUGCUAAGUUGUUCAAUGUGGGUACUGGACCUAACUUAGAUUGUCAAAAUCAGAAACCUUUUAGCUAAAACAUCUAAAGCAUUUCUCUCUAAUUAUUUAUUGUACAAUAAUAGAGCAGUGGAAUAUAGUUGGAGCUGCUGGCUGCGGCGAUGUGUUCCUUUUUUAAUGGAAUUUUGUGUUUUGUCUUAAAUGAAUUUGCGUGAUUCCCUCUCA